AUUAUGCCUAUAUAUAAUAAACUGGAUCACGAUACAGCAACAGUGUGGUAAGGUCUCAAAAAGUUUGCACAUUGUGUUCGUGUGUGUUGCAUUUUGCGGUAUUUUUUUCCCUCAAAUUUACAAGUGUAGCUAUAUCGGCUUUAAAAUGAUGUUUUUGGUGGUGUUAAGUUUAUGUUUAGCAAGCAGCUUGGGAUCCCCGAGCAUCGGCUAUUCUUACUCAGCAUACGCUCCACUCAGUUACAGCAGCGUUAGCUACACGCCGUACUCUCCGUACAACGCUUUACUCAGUCCAUAUGCUUUGAAAUCCUCCUACGUACACGCUGCUCCAACCGUGUACGCCGCUGCGGCUCCAGUAGUCGCUCCUCACGUCGCCGUAGCUCCAGUAGUCCACAGCGCUCCAGCUGCCUACGUCGAAGCUAGCGGACUCAAAACCCAAUACCACACUCAAGAUGUCCAUGGUCAAGCCAGCUACGGACAUUCUGAACCACACCAAUCUCACAACGCUGUACAAGACGCCGCCGGCAACAAAAUCGGCAGCUUUAGCUACGUGAAACCAGACGGUGGAGUUCACCGUACCGACUACGUCGCCGAUGCGGCCGGAUACCGUGUCGCUUCCAAUGAUCUCCCAGUUGGUCCAGCUGUUGCUCCAGCAGUUGCUCCAGUCCCAGUCGCUCCAGUCGCUCCAGUCGUACCGGUCGAAGCUGACUACCCAGUCAUCGUCGAAGCCCCCACCGUACCCGCCGAAACACCCGAAGUGAUCGCCGCCAAAUCGGCCCACUUCGCCGCUCACGCCGCCGCCAGACACGGAGUCCACUCCCUCUACAAAAGAAGCAUCUACGGAUACGCUCCAGCUCCAGUAGUCACCCCAUCCGGCCACCUCGCCGAUACCCCCGAAGUAGCCGCCGCCAAAGCUGCCCACUUCGCCGAACACGCCAAACGCGGUAACUACCACUACGGCGCUCCAUACUCUCCAUACUACGCCCACUCCGGUGCCUACGCCCACUCCGGCGCCUACUACGGCCCAUACGCCUCCCCAGUCGUCACUCCCAGCGGAUACCUCGCCGAUACCCCCGAAGUAGCUGCCGCCAAAGCCGCCCACUUCGCCGAAAAAGCCAAAGUAUCGCACGCCGCUCACUACAACGCCAUCCCAUACACCUCGUACGCCGCUCCAGUAGUCACCCCAUCCGGCCACCUCGCCGACACACCCGAAGUUGCCGCCGCCAAAGCUGCCCACUUCGCCGAACACGCCGCCGCCAACGCUCGCUCCGCCCACGUUGCCCCAGCUCACGCCUACGGAUACGCCCCAUACGCCCACUCCUACUACGACCACGCCGCUCCAGUAGUCACCCCGAGCGGUCACUUGGCCGAUACCCCCGAAGUAGCCCACGCUAAAGCCGCCCAUUUGGCCGAAUUCGCCGCCGUCGCCAGCAGACAAAAGAGAAGCGCCGUUCUCUACGGACACACUCCAGCCAGCACCGUACCUUUGGCCGCUCCAGUAGCCUACGCCGGUUACCCAUACUCUCACUCUUACGCCCACUCGUACGCUUACUCAGCUCCAGUCUACUCCCCAUACUCUGCCCCAUACUCUUACUACCCCAAAGUCUAUUCGGCUUUCCCAUACUUGAAACCGGCCACACACAGCACCGUUGUCCACGGACCACACGCCAUCUCUUAUUCGCUUGCCCAUUAAGAUAGUAGCCUAAUCUCAUUCUAAUCAUUAUUUUGGUAUCCGAGUAGUUCCAGAGCUAUACUUGAGACCGUAGCUGGGUUUUAUCGGAUACUCGCCAUCUAUUCGCCCCAUCUCUAUACUGUAUAUUGAGAGAGGUUACGGACCCAGUUUAAUGAGUCUUCGUCCUCUCUAUAUUUUCUUUUCUUUUUUUUUAAUUGAAAAAAAAACUCGUGUUCUCUUUAUAUAGUCAUAAUGUGAUUUUUAUGUAAUACAAAUCAAAACAAUACCAAUAAAUUUUUUUUUAUGAUUUUCUAUAA